AUGCCUGUCCGAAAACCUAGCAAGUAUGGGAGCAAGUUCCGGUCCGGUGCUGCGUCCUUCAAUCCGAAACGAACCAAAACUGUCGAAUUCUCCUCGCUCCGGUCGACGGAAGCCACCUCGCAGGAUGAGAAAUUCGAGGCCAUCCGCCUGGCGAACAGCAUCGACGAGACCUUGGGCUUCCCGCGCUUCGAGGCCGGCGAAAAACGAGUCGGAUGGCUCAUCAACAUGCACAGCACCUCGAUAGAAGACUCGAAUAUCCCCGGAGGACGUGCGGGUGUGGACUACUACUUCCUGGAGGACGAUGGAGGAAGUUUCAAGGCGACGGUCGAGUACGAUCCUUAUUUCCUCAUCGCGGUCAAGAAGGGACAUGAAAUGGAGGUGGAGGAAUGGUGUCGCCGCAUGUUCGAAGGCGAGAUCAAGAAAAUCUCCAGAGUCGAGAGGGAGGAUCUCAACUUGCCGAACCAUUUACUGGGCCACCGACGAACUUUUCUCCAGCUGAACUUCUCGAAUGUGAGCCAUCUUUUGGAUGUGCGGAAGACGCUUCUACCUUUGGCCGAGAAGAAUAAGAAGAACGUGAAUGUGAUGGAUACUUAUGUGGAGGUCUCAAGCGCCAAUGUGGGCUUUGAUCUCUUUGAUGACGAACUAAUUAAUGAGGCACGAUCUAAUGGAAAUACGCAAGCGAGUGAUUUUAUAAUUGAUAUUCGAGAAUAUGAUGUUCCUUACCAUGUUCGAGUGGCGAUCGAUAAAGGAAAAUGGUACACGGUGGAGGCAAAGCAUGGGGUCAUCUCACUGAAUUGCAUAGAAGAGCGAUUGCAACGAGCUGAUCCGGUCGUGCUUGCUUUCGAUAUUGAGACAACCAAACUCCCUUUAAAGUUCCCCGACUCGGUCAUCGACCAGAUUAUGAUGAUAUCUUACAUGAUCGACGGACAAGGGUUUCUCAUCACCAACCGUGAGAUCGUAUCCGAGGACAUCAAUGAUUUCGAGUACACGCCGAAGCCGGAAUACAACGGACCCUUCAUAAUCUUUAAUGAACCUGAUGAACGCGGUGUUCUCGAGCGGUUCUUUGAACACAUCAAAAUCGCCAAGCCGACGGUCAUUGCGACGUACAACGGUGACUUUUUCGAUUGGCCGUUCGUUGAAGCGAGAGCGAGCGUGUUGGGGAUCGACAUGUACACGGAAAUCGGCUUUCGCAAAAACAGCGAGGACAUCUACCAGAGCGAUCACUGCGUGCAUAUGGACUGUUUUGCCUGGGUCAACCGUGACAGUUAUCUUCCCCAGGGAAGUCGUGGUUUGAAAGCUGUCACUGUUGCUAAACUUGGGUAUGAUCCCGAUGAGCUCGACCCGGAAUUGAUGACGCCGUAUGCAAGUGAGCGCCCGCAGACCCUGGCCGAAUACUCAGUCUCCGAUGCCGUCGCCACCUAUUAUCUGUAUAUGAAAUACGUCCACCCGUUCAUCUUUUCGCUUUGCACAAUUAUUCCUCUCAACCCGGAUGACACGCUACGCAAAGGAACCGGAACCCUGUGUGAGAUGCUUCUGAUGGUCCAAGCCUACAAAGGCGAAAUCAUUCUACCGAACAAACACAAAAACAGCCCAGAAUCUUUCUACGAAGGUCAUCUACUCGAGUCAGAGACUUACGUGGGAGGUCACGUCGAGAGUCUUGAGGCUGGUGUGUUCCGAAGCGAUAUCCCGGUCAGUUUCAACGUGGAUCCUACGGCUAUCGACGAACUGCUUCGCGACCUGGAUGCAGCCUUGAAAUUCAGUAUCGAGGUUGAGGAGAAAAAGUCGAUGGACGAUAUUGUCAACUAUGAAGAGGUGAAAGGCCAAAUUGCAGAACGCUUGAUCAACCUAAGAGAAAAGCCGACCCGAGACGAAGUGCCGUUCAUUUACCAUUUGGAUGUUGCUUCCAUGUAUCCCAACAUCAUGGUUACAAACCGACUUCAACCAGAUUCCAUGAUCCAAGAGUCGAAUUGCGCCGCCUGUGAUUUCAAUCGACCGGGCAAAACCUGUGAUAGACGAAUGCCGUGGGCGUGGCGAGGUGAAUUUCUGCCGGCUAAGCGUGAUGAGUACAACAUGAUUCGACAGGCAGUUUCAAACGAGCGUUUCCCCGGCAAAACCAAGAACAGCCCUAUGCGCCUCUUCAGCGAAAUGGGUGUCGAGGAGCAAGCCGCUAUAGUGAAGAAACGAUUGCAGGAUUACAGCAAAAAGAUCUACCACAAGAUCCACGACAGCAAGACAAUGGUGCGAGAGGCUAUCAUUUGUCAACGUGAGAACCCGUUUUAUGUCGACACCGUCCGCGACUUUCGAGACCGACGAUACGAUUUCAAAGGCAAGCAGAAGGUUUGGAAGGGCAAGGCCGAUUCUCUCAAAUCAUCUGGUGCUCCCACCUCCGAGGUAGAUGAAGCAAAGAAGAUGAUCAUUCUCUUUGACUCUCUCCAACUUGCCCACAAGGUUAUUCUGAACAGUUUCUACGGUUACGUCAUGAGAAAGGGAUCCCGAUGGUACUCCUUAGAGAUGGCCGGUGUGACAUGUUUAACAGGUGCUCGGAUUAUCCAAAUGGCCCGAGAGCUCGUUGAACGUAUCGGACGGCCGCUGGAGCUUGACACAGACGGUAUCUGGUGUAUGCUUCCAGGCACUUUCCCCGAGAACUUUUCUUUCACCCUCAAGAAUGGAAAGAAACUGGGGAUCUCGUACCCCUGUGUCAUGCUGAACUACCUCGUCCACGGCAGCUAUACCAACCACCAAUAUCAGACUCUUGUUGACCCGAAGACCUUCCGCUACGAGACACACAGCGACAACUCCAUCUUCUUCGAAGUCGACGGGCCUUACAAGGCAAUGAUCUUGCCCACUUCUAAGGAGGAGGACAAGAACUUGAAGAAACGUUAUGCCGUGUUCAAUCAUGAUGGAUCUCUUGCCGAAUUGAAGGGGUUCGAAGUCAAGCGACGAGGAGAGUUAAAACUGAUCAAGAUCUUCCAAACCCAGAUCUUCAAGUUCUUCCUGGAAGGGAAUACACUCGAGGAAACAUACGGCGCCGUCGCUCGAGUAGCCGACCGAUGGCUGGAUGUACUUUACGAGCAUGGAUCGACACUGGCAGACGAGGAACUCAUCGAUCUGAUCUCGGAGAACAGAAGUAUGACCAAAACCCUGGAGGAAUACGGCAACCAAAAGUCCACUUCCAUCACGACCGCGCGACGUUUGGCGGAGUUCCUGGGAGAGCAAAUGGUCAAGGACAAGGGUCUGAACUGCAAGUAUAUCAUAUCCUCGAGGCCUCGGAACACGCCUGUCACCGAACGAGCUAUACCGGUGACCAUCUUUUCAGCCGAGGAGAAUGUGAAGCGCUUUUUCUUGAGGAAGUGGUUGAAGGAUGAUCCUGGGGACAUGGACCCUCGCAGUGUGAUCGACUGGGACUACUACCUUGAACGACUGGGAUCUGUGGUGCAGAAGCUCAUUACGAUCCCGGCUGCGCUCCAAAAGAUCCGCAACCCUGUUCCGAGAGUGGCUCACCCAGACUGGCUCCAGCGCAGGAUCAACCAGAAGGAUGACAAGUUCAAACAGACGAAGAUGACCGAUCUCUUCGGAAAGUCCGAAAAGAACCCGCUGACAGAUAUAUCGACAAAUAUCCUUGAUCACCGGGUCCAGCACCCGGGUGAUAUGGACGAGGCGAUAGCAAACUCGACACAAAAGACCAAAUCGUCACCGAACAGCAAGGUCUCGCAAAAGAGAAAACUUCCCGAAGGUCAUACAAAAACCUCACUCGAUCCUUUCGCCAGUCUCCCGGCAAAGAUGCCACCGAUGGAGGAUGAUUAUGUUGGGUUCUUGAAAUACCAGAAACAGAAAUGGAAGAUCCAAAAGCAGGCCCGUAUUCGCCGUCGCCAGCUCUUCGGAGAACGGGCCAAUACUGGCACAGAUGCUUUGAGUCAUCUGUUCAGAAACCAAGCCGAAUUGCUCUAUAUCAGCACGUGGCAAGUGCUACAACUGGCGGAAACAUCCAGACCUGGCAUUGUGCGAGCUUUCGUCCUGAUCGACCGAAAAGUCCAUACCCUGACCGUCAAGGUCCCACGGCAAAUCUACGUCAACUUGAAGCAAGACUCGCUUCCGGAUGUCGACGUUCCGGAUUGCGAGGUCGAGAAGGUCAACCACACGUUACCAAAUGGACACCCUUCUGUCCAUCUGUUCAAAUUGACACUAUCCGAGGAGACCUUUUUGCAUGAGGCCGAUAAGAUUGACCUGCUUCUGCAACAUCCCAGUGUGGAGGGUGUUUACGAAAAGGGUAUCCCCUUAAGCGUACACGCCGUUCUGAAGCUUGGAAGUGUCUGCACUUUCGACGAGGAGCAGCGUGGUGUCCUUGGAGAGGGAUUAGACCGUGGCUUCGACCUCUCGACGCUGUGUCGUACCACCUCCGAGCAGCCGUAUCUUCUGAACACGCCCUUGGUUUAUCAUUACCUGUACCAUGUGACCUCUGGAGAUAGACAGAUAUUUGCUCUCUUUUCCACCGCCAAGAGCGAGGCGCAUAUCGUCAUUCUGAACCGGACGAGAGAUGUUCAGGGUCUGCCCAAUGUUGACAAGAUCUACUCGGAGCUCUUGAUGCGCAGGAAGCAGAACAUGGAGGGGGAUCAGACUCAGAGUGCAUUUGAGUACCCGGACAAGAUCCACUUCAGGACGACCCAGGUCACGACCAAACGAAAGGCGUACCUAGAGGUCGGCGAUUUGGUCAAAAAGCUCAAGAGCGAUGAAACUCAACCAUCCAUCUUGGUUAUUCAGUCGCAGCAGCGGAAUCGUCUGUGCCAUGAUAUCCCCAUCCUGAGAGACUAUCCUGUGCUUCCCGUGAAGCCCGAAGUGUCAGAUAUGGAUCUUCCACCGCUGGGCUGGCAGUCCUUCAUCGCUCGGAGGCUGGUCACUCAUUUCCUGUAUCUCUCUGCUUGGAUCCAGCAUUUGACUUUACUUGCCAGAUAUGGCGAUGUUCCUCUCUGCAAUCUGGAAAGUGACGAUCCCCGAUAUCUCAUCGACGUCUCGUACGCUCGGCGACUUCAGCAGAACAAUGUUAUUCUGUGGUGGUCUCCAAGCCCCAGGCCUGAUCAUGCGGGCUACGAGAAAGAUGACAUUGCUGGUCCGUUAGAAAAGGUCUCCAUGCCAUCCGUCAAUGCUCCAAGCGCUUACGACACGGUGUGCAUUGAACUGGAAGUUCGCAAUCUGGCCAUCAACACGAUCUUGACUUCCUCCAUCAUCAGCGAAAUGGAGGGGGCCGAUACGCUUUUGGCUGGCUCCGAUGCUCCUGCUGAUACCAAUGGCGCAGGCGUUCUCUAUUCCGAAAAAGCCUUCGCUUCAGCCGGCGCCGUUGUCUUGCGGGAGAUGGUGAAGCAUUGGUGGACCGAGGCCUGCGAUGGAAACACUAUGGCCGACAUCAUGGUGCAGCAUCUGAUCCGAUGGGUUGAAAGUCCAAUGUCGUGUCUUUACGAUCGGUCCCUGCACCACUACGUGCGAAUGCUGUCCCGCAAGUCCUUCCAGCGACUCAUGGUGGAGUUCAGACGUGUCGGUUCGAACAUUGUGUUCGCCAGCUCAACUCGUCUUUUGCUCCAGACGACCAAAACGGAGGUGGGCAAUGCGUAUGCGUACAGUCAGUACGUGCUCAAAUCGAUUCGGGCAAACCCGUCCUUCCACUUCAUCGACCUGGAGAUUAAAGAGUACUGGGACUAUCUCGUCUGGUAUGAUGAGUACAAUUACGGUGGAAAGGGAUGUCGCGAGGUCACCGGAGCGGAUGAGCAGGACCUCGAAACCGUCAUGCACUGGCAGCUCAGCCGCUUCCUACCAGGCCCCAUGCAGUCUAUUUUCAAUGAUUGGGUGGUCGAAUACAUUGACUUGAUGCACGGCAUCAAACACCCCGAAAACGCCGACUCGUCCACGCCUCGACCGACACAGAUCCCCCUUACCCGCCCGAACGACGAGGACAGUGAGGAGAUUUCGGCUGUUCUGGCCGAAAAGUUCUCGAAGCCGAUGAAGAAACAGAUUUCGGGACUCAUCCGCCGUCAACGAGAAGAAAUGCUUCAUCCGGAACUCGCAUCCGACUACGCAUUCCCCGUGCUUCCCGGAGUCCUGUCAAAUCCCAACGACGAGAAGCGCAACCCCGUGUUGGAGCUGGUGAAGCUACUGAUGCAGGUUCUGAGUCUGUCCAAGACGACCACCCUCGAAACGCGUCUUUUGCGUCGCGAGCUUCUCGCCCUCUUCGAAGUGCGCGAGUUUAGCAAAGAAGGCCGAUUCGAGAACCCGGCCGCCAGCCUCAAGCUCCCCGAACUCACCUGCGGUGCCUGCUGUCUGAUCCGCGAUCUCGACCUGUGCCGUGACGAGGACGUCCUUCCAGAGCCCGGAUCCGACCCCAGCAAGGCGGCCACGAAACCCUGGCGCUGUCCCUUCUGCCAGACCGAAUACGAUCGACUAACGCAGGAGGAGAUCCUGAUUGGUCAGGUUCAGGGCAUGAUCGUUGCAUGGCACACGCAGGAUCUCAAGUGUUCGAAAUGCAAGGGCCUGAAGGUCAGCGACUUCAUGGAACACUGCUCGUGCAGCGGCUCGUGGGUGGCCACGAUGGACCGGGCGGAGAUCGAAAAGAAACUGCGAGUACUGGAAAGCGCGGCGAAGUUCCACGGGCUGAAGUUACUGCAGGGGGUGGUUGAAGAGGUUCUUGGGCGCAUGUAGAAGGUGGCUUUUGUAUGUAUGUAAACUCAUGGCGUGAUUAUUAUUGGCAUCGGUAUUGUUAGGACGGAUUACCG